AUGUCUACCGCCUUCCGAUCUGUUGCGCCGUUCCUACGGACCGCGCGCCAGGGCCUCAGCUCUGCCCGGGCCAGCCCCCUCCAGUCUGCCUUCAAGAAGCAGAAUGUCUCCGGCGUACUCAACAUCUACCGAUCAUACGCCGUCUUCGAGCGAACCAAGCCCCACGUUAACAUCGGUACCAUCGGCCACGUCGAUCACGGCAAGACUACUCUCUCCGCUGCCAUCACCAAGCGUCAGGCCGAAAAGGGCUUUGCCAACUUCCUCGACUAUGGUUCCAUUGACAAGGCUCCCGAGGAGCGAAAGCGUGGUAUCACCAUUUCCACUGCUCACAUCGAGUACUCCACCGAGAACCGCCACUACUCUCACGUCGACUGCCCUGGCCACGCCGAUUACAUCAAAAACAUGAUUACUGGUGCCGCCAACAUGGACGGUGCCAUCAUUGUCGUCGCUGCUUCUGAUGGUCAGAUGCCCCAGACCCGAGAGCACUUGCUGCUCGCCCGUCAGGUCGGUGUCCAGAGGAUUGUCGUCUUCGUCAACAAGGUCGAUGCCAUUGAUGACCCUGAGAUGCUGGAGCUCGUCGAGAUGGAGAUGCGUGAGCUCCUCACCACCUACGGCUUCGAGGGUGACGAGACCCCCGUCAUCAUGGGCUCUGCUCUCAUGGCCCUCAACAACCAGCGCCCCGAGAUUGGCAACGAGCGAAUUGAUGAGCUGCUCGAGGCCGUCGACACCUGGAUCCCCACCCCUGUCCGUGAUCUUGACAAGCCCUUCCUCAUGUCCGUUGAGGAUGUCUUCUCCAUUGCUGGCCGUGGUACUGUCGUCUCUGGCCGUGUCGAGCGCGGUACCCUGCUCCGCGACCAGGAGGUUGAGCUUGUCGGUAAGGGCCAAGAGGUCAUGAAGACCAAGGUCACCGACAUUGAGACCUUCAAGAAGUCCUGCGAGCGUUCCGAGGCUGGUGACAACUCCGGUCUUCUCAUCCGUGGUAUCCGCCGCGAGGAUGUCCGCCGUGGCAUGGUCGUCUGCGCUCCCGGCACUGUCAAGUCCCACACCCAGUUCCUUGCUUCCCUCUACGUCCUGACCAAGGAGGAGGGUGGCCGACACACUGGCUUCCAGGAGCACUACCGACCCCAGCUGUACCUCCGAACUGCUGAUGAGUCUGUCGACCUGACCUUCCCCGAGGGUACCGAGGAUGCCUCCGCUAAGACUGUCAUGCCUGGUGACAACGUCGAGAUGGUUGUCACCAUGAACCAGCCCAACGCGAUUGAGGUUGGUCAGCGAUUCAACAUCCGUGAGGGUGGCCGCACUGUCGCCACUGGUCUCUGCACUCGCAUUGUCAAAUAA